CCUAGGGGCGGCACUGGAUUGACAAGAAGAAGUCCUCCAGUAUCAGACGGCAGCAUGAGCGGAGGAGGUUAUCUGUGCGGCACAAUUUUCAGCUUCGUCGGCUUCGUCUUCUUGGUAGUGGUGGGAUCGUUGCUGAAGCUGCAACCCAUGUACAUUCUUAACGCCAAGACACCCAAUUCCGGUGCCAAUUCGUGCUUUGAAGCCGCAAUGCUAUAUGCCGUCGUAAUGGUCGUGUGCUACACCAUGUGGAGAAAAGAGAAACUGCGCGCGGGCGAGCUGGACUUCCUGUCGGACUCGUUCUCUAUCAAGCGCGAGCGGGCUUACUACGACCCUGAAGACUCAGACGAGGAGUUGCCACUGGCGAAGAACAUGUCUCCCACGCCACGAAUGGUGUAGAAAUCUCUGAAAAGCUUGUCGACGUCAGACCAACGAUAUCUAAGACCACAACUGUUUUGCAUGGCCAUCGAUCGCUGUCUUGCAUUGAGCUCAUCAUGGUGAAAGUCACUUGUAUCUACUCUAUCACUG